AUGUCAUUCUUUCAAAAUUUCUCCAAAAACUUGCAAACUGGUCUUGAAGAAGGGUUAAAAGAGGCACAGAAGUUGUCUUCAGAAUUCCAACCAAUUGCAACCAGAACUGCUAGACAAUUACAAGAAAGAUUCGGUCAAAUCGAUGAUAUCAGUCAAUUGCCACAAGAAUACGUUGAAUUGGAAAAGAAAGUCGAUACCUUGAAGACUGUUUAUCAAAACUUAUUAUCUGUUACUUCAACUUAUGAGAAUGAAGCUUAUGACUAUCCUUCAAACUUGAGAGAUUCCGUUAUUGAUAUCACUAAAACUGUUUCCACUAAAGUUGAGAAAUUAGCUAAUGCUAGAUCAAGAGAUGAAGCUCAAGCUAUUUUGAUUGCAAGCAACCCAAAAACUCAACCAAAAACUCUCAACCAUGCUAUCAGUACCUCUACAAACUUGUCAGCUUUGAAAAUUCAACAAAGCUCAAAUGAUGAUUCUUUUGAUUCAGUCGCACAAGGCUUAACUCAAAUUGGUCAAACUGAAACAAAGAUUGGUGAAGCUAGAUUACAACAAGAUGCUUUGAUUAGAACACACGUUAAUGACCAAUUCAGAAAACAAUUAAGAACAAACUUGCAACGUUCAGAUAAAGCCAGAAAAUUGGUUGAAAACAAAAGAUUGAGUUAUGAUGCUGCUAGAGCUUCAUUGAAAAAUGCUAGACCAGAAAAAGAAGCAAGUUUAAGAGUUACUUUAGAAACUUUAGAAGAUGAAUUCGCUGCUGCCACUGAAGAAGCUGUUUCUGUUAUGAAAAAUGUUUUAGAAAAUACUUCAAUCUUGAAUGAAUUGGUUGAAUUGAUCACUGCUCAAUUGGCUUACCAUAAAGCUGCUUCUGAAUUAUUAUCACAAGUUUUGCCAAACUUGCAAUCUUUGAGAGAUGAUGCUGGUACCAAAGUCUUAUCCGACAUUGAAGAUAAUGAAAUAUAA